AUGGCAAAUGUUGGAUUUGAUGGGUCACUAAGACCACCUCCACCGUUGGAUCUGAAGGGUUCGAAUGACCUUCAUAUAACUUGGAAAAAUUGGAAAAAGAAGUUUGAAAAUUAUCUCGAAGCAGCUGGGUUUAAUGCCACGACAAUAACAGAUAAACGACGAGUGGCCAUUUUAAUUAACCUGCUUGGAGAUGAUGCAAUGGAAAUUUAUAAUACGUUUGUAUAUGACACUGGUGAAAAAGAUGAUGUGUUGAAAGAUGUCCUACAAAAGUUUGAAAAUUAUUGUUUACCUAAAGUCAAUCAAACUGUAGAAAGAUUCAAUUUUUUCCAGAUAACCCAACAAGAAGGAGAAAAUUUUGACUCAUUUGUAACAAAACUGAGAACAGCAGCUGUUACUUGUGACUUUGGUGAACAGAAAGACAGCUUGAUAAGAGACAGAGUGAUUUGUUGUAUCAGAGAUUCAGGUUUACAGAGAAGAUUAUUGAGAGAAUCUGAAAUUACACUGAGUAAAGUAGUUGAAAUGUGUCGUAUAAAUGAAAUUAGUGAAAGACAGGUGAAAGUCUUACAAGAAACAGCUGAUAUCAAUGCUCUUAAGAAAAGAACUGAGAGGAAGCAAAAUACAGAGAGAUCCUCUUCAGUGAGUACAAAUAAUGAAAAUAAGUUUGAGUGCAAACGCUGUGGAUAUUCACAUUUACCGAGGAAAUGUCCAGCGUAUGGAAAAACUUGUAACAAAUGCAAGGGUAAUAACCACUUUUUCAAAGUGUGUAAAAAGAGCUCAGUGAAUGAAGUACAAGAACAGGCAACAGAAACGAAUAGCUCAGACGAGUAUGAUGCAAAUAAUUUCUUCAUUGCUGAAGUCAGUAAAAACAAUAGAAAUAAGGAGAAAGCGUGGUACGUUGACCUGAAAAUAAAUGGUGAAAAUGUUAAAUUUAAAUUGGACACUGGUGCUGAAGUGAAUAUAAUAACAAAGAAGUUGUUGGAUGAGAUGAAUAUCAACGUAAAAAGUACAAGAACAACGUUGACGUCAUUCGGAGAAUUCACUGUACAACCGAUGGGUGAAGUUAAUUUAAUGUGUGAAAGGGAAUCAGGAUUAAAAAGAGAUUUGAAUUUUGUUGUUGUUGAUGUAACAUCAAUGCCAUUACUGGGAUUACAGGGUUGUCAAGAAUUAGAACUGGUCAAAAGAAUUGAUUCUGUUGGUUUAGACAGACUUCAACAACUCAUUGAAAGAGAGUAUAAAGAAGUAUUCCAAGGUGUUGGUACGUUACCAUUUGAAUAUAGCAUCAAGCUGAUGCCAAAUGCAAAGCCAGUUGUCCAUCCACCUAGAAAAGUACCAUUUGCUAUACAACCAAAAUUAAAAGACACAUUGAAUGAGUUAGAAACAAGUGGUAUAAUAUCAAAAGUGGACAAGCCCACUGAAUGGGUAAAUAGCCUUGUUAUUGUAGAAAAAAAAGAUGGAUCACUGAGGUUAUGUCUUGAUCCAAGUAAUUUAAACAAAUAUAUAAUGAGAGAACAUUUCAAAAUGUCAACUACAGAAGACAUUGCAGUACACAUGAAUGGAAUGAAAAUAUUUUCAGUCUUAGAUAUGAGAAAUGGAUUCUGGCAAGUAAAAUUAGAUGAAAAAAGUGCUGAUAUGUGUACUUUCAAUACUCCAUUUGGUAGGUACAGGUUUUUAAAACUACCAUUUGGUAUUUGUUCAGCGCCAGAAGUAUUCCAAAAGAGAGUAUUACCAACUUUUGGAGAUAUCGAAGGAGUGUUUGUGGUGGUAGAUGAUUUAAUAAUUGCUGCCAAAACAGUUGAAGAACACGAUAAAGCAAUAAAGAAAGUGUUUGAGCGUGCAAAACAAAAUAAUGUCAAGUUUAACAAAAACAAAAUGAGGUUGAGAUUAACAGAAGUACCGUAUGUUGGUCAUAUUGUGUCUAAAGAUGGUUUAAAAAUUGAUAUGAGUAAAGUAAAGUCAAUUGUCAAUAUGGAUGAACCAACAAAUAAAGAUGAACUAAGAAGAUUUUUAGGAAUGGUAAAUUAUCUGUCUAGAUACAUUCCUAAUAUGUCUAUCUUGAAUGCACCACUUAGACUGUUAUUAAAAGAAGAGAACGAGUGGAUGUGGGAGAGUGAACAAAAAGAAGCAGUAAAAAAGUUAAAAGAUAAAUUGACAACAGCACCUGUAUUGGCUUAUUAUGAUUGCAACAAACCAAUUGUUAUACAGACUGAUGCAUCAAAGAAUGGUCUUGGAGCAGCACUGAUACAAGAGUCGCAUCCUGUUGCUUAUGCAUCGAGGUCUCUCACUGAAACAGAACAACGAUACGCUCCCAUCGAAAAAGAACUGUUAGCAAUUGUGUUUGGGGUGGAACGAUUUCAUCAAUACGUGUAUGGAAGACAAAUAACGAUACACACUGACCACAAGCCCUUGGUGACGAUUGUGAAAAAAGAUAUAAACAAGGUGUCGGGAAGAAUGCAAUUAAUGCUACUGAAAAUCAUGAAGUACAGACCAAUUGUGCAAUAUGUGCCUGGUAAAGAAAUGUUUUUGGCUGACACUUUGUCAAGAGCAUUUUUAAGGGAUCCUGUGCAAGAAGAUACUGAGCUGAAUGCUGUCAUACAUUCAGUAAGUAGACAUUUAGCUGUAAGUGAUCAAAAGAAAAAAGCUAUGCAAGCAGCAACGUUAGAAGAUGAAGUGCUUCAAAGAUUAAUCCAGUAUCAGCAUAAUGGUUGGCCAGAGUAUAUUCAAAAUGUCAAUCAUGGUGUAAGAUCAUAUUGGAAUUAUCGUCAGGACAUUUCUGUUGAUGAUGGACUGGUAUUCGUUGAAGAUAAACUGGUAGUUCCAGCAACGUUAAGACAAGAAAUGCUGAAGAUUGUGCAUGAAGGUCAUCUGGGUGAAGAGAAGUGCAAAAAGAAUGCAAGAAGUGUAUUGUUUUGGCCUGGAAUGACCAACGAGAUCGAGGUUAUGGUAUCAUCAUGUUCUGUCUGUCAACAAUUUCGUCAUUUUCGUACAAAAGAACCAAUGAUACCACAUGAGAUUCCAUUAAGACCAUGGGCAAAAGUUGGUACAGAUAUUCUUGAGUUUGCUGGUCGAACUUAUUUAGUUGUAAUUGAUUAUUACUCCAAAUGGUUGGAACUGCUACCAAUGAAAUUUAAGACUGCCAAUGAAGUUAUAUAUAAGUUAAAGGAAAUAUUUUCAAGAUUGGGUGUUCCAGAGGAAUUGGUAUCUGACAAUAUGCCAUACAACAGCAUGGAAUUUAAGAAGUUUGGUAAAGAAUGGGACAUUAAGCUAACAACAUCAAGUCCAAGAUAUCCAAAAUCAAACGGUCUUGCAGAACGAGCAGUACAAAUAAGUAAAAAUAUUCUUCGUAGAGCUUCAACAGGUCAUGCAGAUAUAUUCACUAUGUUGUUGGACUACAGAAAUACUCCAGUAAAAGGCAUGAGUGUUAGUCCUGCACAACUAUGUGCCGGUCGACGUUUUCGUACAAAAAUACCAGUACUAUCAAGCAAGCUCACUCCAAAAGUACCAACAAAUGUCAAACAAGAAUUAUUAAAGAAACAAACUACUCAGAAAAUUUAUUAUGAUAAAACUGCUCGUGAACUACCACAAUUAAAUGUCGGUGAUAAAAUAUUAUUAAAACAAGGUAAAUCAGUUGAACCUGCCAAAGUAAUUGCCAAACAUGAUAGUCCACGGUCAUUCAUUGUUACUACACCAGAUGGUGGUGAAUAUCGAAGGAAUAGGAGUCAUUUGGUUAAGCCAAAAUAUGGUUCUGUUGAUUACUUUGUUGAUCCUGAAUCACUCACCAACGACAAGCAGAGACUGGCCAAACGUCUGAGGCCCACAGAUGUCAACGAUCCAAAAGGACCAAGUUUGAGACCACGGCGUGAUCUCAAGCCUCCUUCAAGAUUCAACGAUUUUAUUCUUGAUAAAUAA